CGCUCCAGAGCCAGGGGAACUUGCUCAGGUAGGUAAGUACCGUUCGACGAGCUACGUCUGACGCCAGUCAAGCCAGAACCUUCGUCGUGUCAAGUGCACGGGCUCCUGAGGAACCGUACAUGUGUAUAGUGCUUCCGUAAUCGAACACACAGACAGAGCCCGUUUGAUUUUAAAGAAACGAAAGGAUGUGGUUAUCGAGAACAUCACUUUUACUAAUAUUAAUCGGGUUGGCGAUCUCCGAGGGGGACAAUGAAAACGAUGCGUCCAACGUCUUCAUCGAGGAAGCCAAGAACCUCUUCAGUCCGAAGACGAUCGAAAACAUGGCCAACGCUUUUACGGACUCCGGCAAGCAAGUUGGCGACAUGAUGAUGGAGAAAAGAUCCACAGCAGAUGGUGUAAGCCAAAUCAUCUCUGGGAUCAGCAGCUUAAUGUCGGGUGGCCAGAAUAAUCAAGGUUUUGACAUGAUUGGCACGAUCUUGAAUGUCAUGACCGCGAAUAACAAUGUUGGCAGGAGGUCGGCGAGAGAGAACUCAGAACACGACGAGGAGAACGUCAUAGACUGGGGCAACAUAAUCAACAUGGGUAGCAUGUUAUUCCAACAAAAAGCCAACAACGACAUAUUAAUGGGUCUCGUACCAGUAGUUUUAGAGAGUCUAGGUCAUGGAACUAGCGACGGUCAUGCCAAAAAUAAUGAUCACUCGGGACAUUCCUGGUUUCUGCCGCCCAUAUUGGAGAACAUUCACGUCAUGUGGGAACAUUUCAGUAAUUCGGAGCUCGGGCAAAUAAUAUGGAAAAACAGCGGUCUAUCGAAAAUAAUUGUUCAAAUGUCUGAUGAGAACGGUAAUAUUCUGUGGGAAAAGAUCCUAAACAGUUUUGAGAAUCCUACGAUACGUCGAAGAUGGAUCAAUUCGCUUACAAGUUUUGUGGCCGACUGGAUCUCUCAUGUUUCCGAUCCGAAAAAUCAGUUCCGUUAUCUUACGGCUGUGCAAUAUAUCGGCAAUAGUUUUCUCAAGUCUCAAGGAUUCCCGAAGACGAUGAUGUUCGACACAGCGAGACCAACGGAGAGCCUUACCAAAUUGGCAAAUGCAGUUGCGAAGAAAUAUUUAAAUAUGAAUAUUGAGAGCUAUCAAUAUAUAAAACCAGCAGUAGCGUACUUCCAGGAAUUAAUAAAUUUAGCCUCCGAAAAAGGGUUCAUCAUGUCCAGAGUAAAUGCACGAGAAUUAAGUAACAGGUUAAGUGAUAUCAUCAACAAUGAUAUCAUUUACCCUAGUCUCAAGACGUACCGAGCAUUCAAGUGGGCGACGAAAAUGCCGCAUUGUGCUAGUCAAAUCUUGUGUACUCUAAACGAGAAGAGUCAACAAGAAGACACAAAGGAAUCACGUCUGCGUAGCAGCUUACUGAAGGUAGCGAGUUUCCCUGCUGCUUGGGCGGUCAGUAGCAAGUUAGGAAUCAAUUUCUGGUCUCUUUACGGAGCCAUCAUGGAGGAAACCGAUUGCAUUAAUAAAUAUCCAGCAAAUUGCACUCUUUUCCACGAAGAAGAGAUCAGAGCGACUACAGAAAAUAUUCAUAACGAGCUUUGAGCUUAAUUAACUAAUAGCUUGUGAAAAACAUUGGCUAUUAAGUCACCCCUAGGCUAGAAAGACGUGUCGCAAAACCGCGUGUGUUCUUUCUUCCAUACUCUCUCUCUCUCUAUCGUAUUUAUUGCAUAAAAAAAUAUGAAUUAAUUGCGCUCGAUGAAGUUAAGUUGCGACAAUUAAUUCGAUAGAAGCAACUGAAUUAUCAAAGACUAUUUCGUCCUUAUAUGUACAUAUGUGAGCGAAAAUACUAAACAAAAGUCAGUUUUAAAUAUUAAAUUUUAAUAAAAUGUAACUUUAAACGACACAAAUAUCGAAAAACGUUAUAAAGUUGUAUAGAAGACAUUAUUUUUAUGAAUAUCUAAUAUGAUGAAUAUUUUUUAGAUAUUUUCGUAUUAUUUCAAUAGGUUUAUGCUCUGCGCUCAAAGUAAGAUUGCGAAAGCAUGUAUAAUAUAUGCAAAACAUUGAUAAUUAAUGAGGUAACUUGAA